AUGGGUUCUGCAGCGUAUCCAGAAGCGAAGCGCGUCGUCAUUAUUGGAGCUGGCAUCGUCGGCGUCAACGUCGCCGACGAGCUUGUUGAGCGAGGAUGGUCCGACAUCACGGUUGUCGAGCAGGGCCCUCUCAGCAUGCCCGGAGGGUCGACAUCUCAUGCGCCAGGGCUUGUCUUCCAAACCAACCCAGACAGGACCAUGACAAAUUUUGCCAAGUAUACGGUCGAAAAGCUGCUGUCAAUCAGCAAAGAUGGGCAGAGCUGCUUUAACCAGGUUGGCGGCCUGGAGAUCGCAACAACCCCGGAGCGGUUUGAAGACCUCAAGAGGAAACACGGGCUAGCCCAGUCGUAUGGCGUCGAGGCCCGUGUGAUUUCAAAACAGGAAUGCCUCGACCUUUACCCGCUCCUAGAUGGGGAAAAGCUGGUUGGAGCCUUGCACAUCCCCAGCGACGGCCUCGCUCUGGCCGCUCGCGCCGUGCAGGUCCUGAUUGAGCGCACAAAGGCAGCUGGUGUCCGCUACCUGGACAUGACUCCGGUCACCGGCAUCGAGAGGGCCAAAGGCCGCGUCACUGGGGUGACUACAUCUGCCGGAACAGUCCCAGCUGACAUUGUCAUCUCGUGCGGCGGCUUCUGGGGUGUUGAGCUGGGCGCAAUGGUCGGCCUCAGGGUCCCUCUUGUACCCCUCGCCCACCAGUACGCCAAGACGACAUCCGUGCCAGCCUUGAAAGGACGCAACAACCCAGGAAAUGGCGCCUCACUGCCCAUCCUGCGGUACCAAGAUCAAGACCUCUAUUACCGCGAGCAUGGGGAUCAGAUUGGGAUAGGUUUCUACGGCCACAAGCCCAUGCCCUUUGUCGCAGCAGACUUGGGUGUGACGGCAAAGGAGGUUGAUGACAAACACAUGCCUUCCCGUCUCGAAUUCACCCCGGAGGACUUCGAGCCAGCGUGGAAGCUGACGCAAGAGUUGCUUCCCUCGACCCGGGAAGUCGAGAUACAAGACGGCUUCAACGGCCUGUUCUCCUUCACACCCGACGGUGGCUCCCUCGUAGGCCCUCAUCCCACCUUGGAAGGCUUCUUCGUCGCAGAGGCCGUGUGGGUGACGCACUCUGCUGGCGUGGCACGUGCUGUUGCCGAGGUUCUCACAACGGGCAAGUCCUCGUUCGACCUCGCCUCCUCGGACAUCAACCGGUUUGAGGAGGUGCAGUUGUCCGAUGCCUACGUAUCCGAGACAUCGCAGCAGAACUUUGUCGAGAUAUAUGACAUCCUGCACCCACUGCAGCCAAGAGAAUCGCCUCGCAACCUGCGGGCCUCCCCAUUCUUCCCCCGCCAGAAGGAGCUGGGGGCCUUCUUCCUCGAGGGCGGCGCCUGGGAGAGGCCCUACUGGUAUGAGUCCAACGCCAAGCUCCUGGACACGAUGCCGCCAGAGUGGAAAGCUCCUGAGCGCGAUACUUGGGCAGCAAGAUACUGGUCACCCAUCGCGGCGGCUGAGGCGUGGAAGACGCGGACAUCCGUGGCCAUGUACGACAUGACGCCCCUCAGGCGCCUCGAGGUGUCCGGGCCAGGCGCUGCCGAACUUCUACAGCGAGCAAGCACGGGCGAUGUCAGCAAGAAACCGCUGCCAAAGACAGGGCCUGUAACUUACACGCUUUGGCUCGACGGUGAGGGCGGCGUGCGGUCCGACGUAACGGUGGCACGCAUUGAGGACGAGCUGUUCCAGGUGGGCUGCAAUACACCUGUCGACACGGCUUACAUGAAGGAGGAGGCCCGUAAGCAGGCGGCCAAGGACCCGAGCAAGUGGGCCCAUGUCAGGGACAUCACGGGCGGGACCUGCUGCAUUGGGCUGUGGGGCCCAUUGGCACGAGAUGUGGUGACCAAGGUGAGCAGUGACAACUGGAGCACCAAGGCACUGCGAUACUUCCGAUGCAAGCGCGUCGCCAUCGCGGGCAUUCCCGUCACGGCCAUGCGGCUGUCAUACGUCGGCGAGCUGGGCUGGGAGCUGUACACCUCGGCAGAGCACGGUCUCAGGCUGUGGGAUGCCCUUUACAAGGCCGGUGAAGAGUUUGGUAUCAUCGCGGCAGGCCGGCAGGCGUUCAACUCGCUGCGGCUGGAGAAGGGGUACCGGGCGUGGGGCACGGACAUGACCACAGAGCACGACCCGUUUGAGGCCGGGGUCGGAUUUGCCGUCAAGUUGGACAAGGAGGGCGGCUUUGUUGGCUCAGAUGCCCUCCAGGGGAGGUCUGCCGAGACAAGCAAGAAGAGGUUGCGAUGUCUGACCGUUGAUGACGGAACGUCGGGUGUGUUGGGCAAGGAACCAGUCUUUCAUGCCAGCAGCGACAAGGCAGUAGGAUAUGUCACCAGUGCUGCAUAUGGGUACACCGUCAGGAAGCCUAUAGCAUAUGCAUGGCUACCGGGUUCACUGGGGGAGGAGGAGUCUGUCGAGAUUGAGUACUUUGGGCGGCGGCUUAAGGCGACCAUCACUCCCGAGCCGCUGUUUGACCCUAAAAUGGAGCGUCUCCGUGGUUGA